CUAUUCAGUAUUGAGGCUAAACUAAAGAAAUCAUUCACUUUUUAACCUGCAAACAAUAGCAGAUAGUGUGCAGGGCCGGCACAGUCAAAUGUGCUUCAAAAAAAGCCACCCAUUCUGCCUAGACUUGAAGAUGGAUCCUCUGUGCAUCAGCAUGAGUCUUCUUACAGAUGACCUGCAUGCAAGACCCUCUCGCACUCCUGGAAACCAAGGUUGACAGAUGGUACUUCUGAUGGCUCCCCAGGCCAUGGAAAUGCAUGGAAGGCUGGAAGGCAAAGACUAUAAUGAUGAACUGCGACAAGCUGAGCCACCAAUGGAAUUGGAAACCCCUCCCUUAUGUGAACUCGAUGCUGUUGUCUUGCAUACCCUCAGCAAGCCGCUUUCUCAUCGGCGAGCACUCUUCCUCUGCUGGUCAGCUCCUCCAGCGGUCACAGUCACUCCAGCGGCGGCGGCGGGAUGAAGCUGGAGGCGGUCAUGGAGAAUCUCCAGCGGCAGCAGGCGGCUCGCCUGGCUCUGGAGGAAAAGCUCCGGCAAGCCGAGAAGGAAAAAGACAUCAGAUCUAUGGUAGAGUCCCAGAUCCAACAGCAAGCGCUAGCUUACCGCCAGUAUCAAGCAGCUGUCAGAGGCGCGCUGGCCGGGGCAGUCGCGCAAUCGUCUAUGGCGGGUUCAGGACAUCUAGAUCAGCGCGCGGUCGACUCUGAUAUUGAUGACGAUGACGACCCAGAUCUAGACCGCGGCAUGGACGAUGAAGAUCGGGAUCUGGAAGACGAGGACAGUAUGAACGAGGGUGGUGGGGAUGAAGAUUUGGAAGGACCCCUGGCUCAUUACCCACCACGCCAUGCUAUUUAUCCCGGUUUGGGACCGUCUCCAAAAAGUACCCCUGUACAUCUGUCCAGAGUCCAGCCGCCGUAUCCAGCUCCAAGGCAGGCCGAAUCACCGAAUAGUUUGGCACCACAAGCACAAUCGCAGCACCACGAAUGGACUUACGAGGAGCAGUUCAAGCAGCUAUAUGAACUGGAUGAUGACGAGAAAAGAAAAGAGUUUCUUGAUGACCUCUUCAGUUUCAUGCAAAAAAGAGGGACUCCUGUGAAUCGGAUUCCUAUCAUGGCCAAGCAGGUGUUGGAUCUCUACACACUCUACAAGCUUGUCACAGAAAAAGGCGGCUUAGUGGAAGUCAUCAAUAAGAAAAUAUGGCGGGAGAUUACCAAAGGCCUGAACCUUCCUACCUCCAUCACCAGUGCGGCUUUCACCCUCCGAACACAGUAUAUGAAGUACCUCUAUCCUUAUGAAUGUGAAAAGCGAGGACUGAGCUCUCCCGGGGAGCUCCAAGCAGCUAUCGACAGCAACCGACGGGAAGGGAGGAGACAGAGUUAUGGCUCCACCCUCUUCAACUACUCCCCUGUGGGCACCCCUACAUUGCUGCCUUCACCCAAACUCCAGAUGCCCCACAUCAGCAUGCCCACUCCCAAUGGGGGACACAUGACUCAGGCCUCUGUUAUCAAAAAAGAAGACUCCAUGCUCUCCGGCUGCCUGACCAACAGGAUGGGCAUCCCUGUGUCUUUGGCUGGCCACCACGGUGCAGCCCAAGCCGCGGCAGCACAGGCUGCAGCCGCGGCGGCUGUGCAGGCGGCUGCGCUGGAGCAGCUUAGGGAGAAGCUGGAGUCUGGAGAGCCACCGGAAAAGAAGAUGAUGCUUAUGGCAGAGGAGCAACAGAGAAUAAUGCAGCAUGCGCUGCAGCAGAACAUCUUCGCCAUGGCAACCCAAUUACCCAUGAAUAUCAGACUGAACAACAGAGAUGAUAGACAAGAGACUGCAUUGAACCUGUCUACCAACGGCAUUAGCAGCAUCAACAUGUCAAUAGAAAUAAAUGGGGUUGUCUACACAGGGGUCUUGUUUGCCCGUAAACCCACCAUUGGUUUCAUACCAGGCAGCCAGCGAGUCCAUCACCAAAACAGCUCUCAGGGAAAGAGCAGUAGCCCGGGGCUCAGCACCCAGAUGCAACCGUCCUCCUCUUCCUCCUCCAGCACCUCCUCACACGGACCAGCCACCCCUCCUUGAGUCUUCUCUCUGCCCACAACUUCUCUCUCAACUUUCCCCCAUCGACAGAUAAGGCAGGGUCUACGGCAUCCUGUCGGACCAGUUUUCCCUCUGUCUUCUUCAGUGUACACUUUCUACUGUUUUUCUAACCCUGCAAUCAAGAAAGGAGCGUCUAUCACCAAAAAAAAAAACCCUUCCUGUUUAAACACCAAAGCGUCGAGACAUUAUGGGUAUGAUAGCCGCACAUUUAAAUAUGCAGCAAUUUUGUUCUUCUGAGGACGUGUUGUUCGGUGUGAAGCGACUAAAUGUACUGUGUGACAAUGCAAGAAACAUUGUGACGCGUCAGAGGAACCUGCUUAAUAGACGCAUCCAUGUUAAAUUCUUCACUUUCCUACACAGAUCCCGAGUCAAUCUUGCUCAGCUUGUAUCAUAAAUCCAACAGCAAGAGCUACUGUCAGCUAUUACCAAAGAGAAUUUGAUUACUUACAAAGAUGCUUUUUAGCACCAUCAUGCUUAUGAUGCCAUUGCAAAAUAUCAGAAAUACGCAGUGGAGAUCCUAAUCAAGUGUCAAGUUUAAAAAACUCGAAGAAAGCACAUGCCAUUUAUCUUGAGGCAUCAAAUAUAGUCAGGGAGAAAUGAUUUACUGUUUGCAUUUCUUUUCAUAACAGAAAAUGUCUCGAGGGAUGUUUUUCUGCUGUAAUAGGUCAAAGAAAUCAUCUACAGGAUACUCUUUAAUAGACUGGGAGAAUCAUACAAUUUAGGCAAUUUUGAGUAAAGUGGUGAGAACAACAGACACCAUCAUUUCUACUCUCUCGUGUCUGGUUUUGGCCCGAGGCCGCAGCCAAAUAUAUUCCAUUGAUUACCGAGUUAGUUGGGGAACACUUGUCGGGAAUGUUUAAAGAUUUUCCACCAUCUCCGCUCAUCAUUUAUAGCAAAGAUUUCAUUAAAUGGUUUUGCAGACAGCAGAACGGGUUUUAGAAGAAAUGAGAUUGUGAUAUGUUGAAGUGUGGUUAUAAGCUGCAAGUUGAUCAUGGGAAAAAAGAGGAAACGAGGAUCCCGAGAGAAGAUUAUGUGCCGUAAACCGACAGUUGUGAAUAGAAUCCGACAAGUUUUCAACAAUGCACUUGCAUUUGAGAGCUGAUCUCUUACUUCAAUCUCCAUUUUGCUCACGUUCUUGUUGCAGAUUUCCUUUUUUCUCCUUUUCAGUUGGGAAUGUUAUUAUUGUGUCAUUUUUAAGAAUCUGUAGACAAUUUCAAGUUGUAUUUAUUAUUGCUUUCAUUCUCAUCUUAGGUUUUCAGUGACACCAGUUUUAUUUAAAAAAUAAAUAAAUGAAUAAAUAAAAAAGUCACAUUACAGGUCGAUACCUCACAAAUCCUGUAAACCUAUAAAUGGAUACAAGAUAUACCUCAUUUAUUUCAUUUUUAUUGUGAAGCCACUUGAAAUUUGAUGUUUUUCGACAGAUCACUGGAUUAAUUUUUUUCUACUUUGUAUUGUUUUACCAAAGAAGGGAAUAUAUGAUGAACACACAUCUACCUCAUUUGUUAUAGACUGUGCCAACAACACGAUCACAGCAGCCAGUUUUUUGAUAAUAGGCUUUUUGUGCUCCAAAUUCGUUUUUGUUUGCAUGAUGUCUGCUGCAAAACCAAAGGCUGGACCACACAGGGCUUUACGCGCCAUUUGCAUUGCUUGUUCGUGUCUGUCUGCGGCAUUUUGUUAUGCUUGGUGUAAACGUAAUACCAGAAGGAUUCUAUUUUAUGUAUACAACUGCUCCAAAUGAUUUAUUACUGAGGUUUUGUAAAUGAGAUGGUGAAUCAGAUCUGAAAUACACCUAAUAUAUCUUCUGAAAUGUAUCGAAGUAAAGCUGCAGCUAUUGGCAUUUUUAGUUAAUUAAGUGUUUCGGCUAACAUCACGGUCUGCAGCUUUUGGAUGUUCCAUUGAUGCUAGUGUUUGUUUCACUCAUCAUUUCUAUUCACAACAUUAUGUGGUUUUCAGAAAAUAUAUAUAUAUAUAUUUCUUUUAUACUUUCUCUUAAAUGCGAUGUGAAUGUGGAAACGUGCUCUUUUUUUAAUACCAAAGAUCUGGGUUGGCAAUUAUUUUAAGGGUUAAUAAUUAUACACCCUUAUUAUAACUUUUAAUCUAAAUCAGCAGAGGAAUGUUUUUAUUCGAUCCCUGCUGUGGCAGAACUCGAUAAUAAGCACUUGGAUCAAAAUUAUUUCAAAGAAAGGCCAAGCUGUAUAUUCAAUUUAUCUCUGUCCAAAAAAAAGGAAAUCUAAGAAAAUAUGUAAUAUCAGUAGUUGCAGCACAACUUAAUGAUUAAUAAAACAAGCAAACCUGAGCAUCAUUUUGUUGUAUAGGUGCAAGAAUGAAUAGAAAUAUAUAGUCUAUAUUUAUGUGGAAUUACAGAGGGCACAAUCAAUGCACAAUUGUCUGAUUCCUGUUGUUCGAUGUAAUUUACCUCUCGAUCUGCAUAUGAAGAGACUUUGCUCUUUUCGCAGCCAUGGCACAGUUUUUUUUCACGUGGCUGUCUGUUCUCUUCAGCUCAUGUUACUGCAGAGCAAAUCUUGGACAAACUGUCGUGUCCUUAUUGACUGUAAACCAAAACCGAAUGAUUCCAUAACCAAAAACUCAUUCUCACGAGCUUACUGUCAAAGUAAAUAACGAUGUUGGAAAACUUGUUCAUAUAGAGACUAUCAUUUUGAUAAACGUUAAGAAAAAUAAUAUUCACUCAUGUGCUUAAAAAAAAUGACAUGUUGUUUACUUUGUUUAGCUAUGUCAACGAUGCUAUGCUGUUAGAUUUUAGAUUCUAUUAUUCGCUGUGUAUAAUGCUUCUUUUCCUUUUAUUCACUUUUUGGAUGAAUCCAGUGCAUUAUGGGAAGGCUGGAUUGUGGUGCUCAGGGGUUAAAAAAAAGGAAAAAAACAGGUGAAAGAUUUUUUUGUUUGUUUGUUUGUUUUGCCAUUGACUUGUAGCAUAAUUAGAAAUAAAGUACUGCUUUCCACUUCAA